AUGGGGCGCCUCCUGGACGGCCUCACAGAUGCGGAGUACAACCCGCACAGCGCCGUGUGCAAGCUCCCGCAGCCCUUCCGCAUGCUCGACAAGCUCCUCUCGAGGCUCGUGGACGACGCCGUGAACUUGGCGGUCGAGCGCGACGAGGCGAGGCUCGCCGCGAGGGGCAUCGCCGAGGGGACCGAGGUGUUGACGCCGUCCAGGGUGGUGCCGGACGUCGGCGGCGUGACGUGCGUCGCGGCUUCCGCCGACGGCGCGUGGGUGUUCGCCGGGAACGACGAGGGCGAGCUCGUCGUGGUCAACGCCUCGUCGGGAUCCGUGGCGAGCAGGACGAGGGUGCUGGCGGGUUCGAUCGCGGCGGUGGACGCCGUGGCGGUGGAUCCGCCCCCGCCGCCGCCUCCCAGGCCGCCCACGCCCCCUCCCGAGGACACCGCGAGGGAAGGGGACGAAGGGGCGGAAGGUGCCGACGCCGAAGGUGCCGACGCCGAUGCGGACGGGCCCGAGGAGGAGGUGGAGAAGGAGAAGGAGGAGGAGGCUCCGCCGGGAGACGGGGACGACGAGGGAGGCGCCGUCGCCCUCGCCGGGCUCGCCCUCGACGACAUCGCCGCCGCCGCCGGUGGCUUAUCCCCGGCGGACCUCCGCCCGCUCUACCUCGUCGCCGUCGCCGGCGUCGGAGGCGACGUGGUCGUCGUCGCGGUUGAUCCAAUCGAGGGGAAGAUCCCAUCGGAGCGAUCGUCGACGCCGGUGGUCGCCGCCGGUGACGCGCCGGUGACGCGCCGUUCGGACGAGACGAACGACGGUGACGGCACCCUCGGCACCCUCGUGGCGACCGCGCGGUUCUCCCCCGACGGCACCGCGCUCGCGGUGACGUGCGGCGGCGGCGCGCUCGCGGUGUACGCGAUCGCCAAGCCGCCUGUGGAGGCGUUUAUCGUCUCGAAGGACGACGAAACAACGACGAAAGGGGAAGAGGCGAAGAGGAGCGGAGACGGGGAGGGCGACGACGCCGCGAAGGAAGACGACGCGAAGGAAGGCGAGGAAGAAGACGCCGGGAAGGGAGAGGAAGGGGUCGCGGAGGGAGAGGCGGGUGAGGGAAAGUCCGACGUCGACUUUGUCGCCGCGGCGGCGAAGGCGCCGAGGCUCACGGUGCUGACGUGGCUCCCCGCCGACGCCGCCGCGCGGUCAUUCGGACCGUUCCGUCGGGAGGGCGGUGACUCACCGGGCGGUGACUCACCGGGCGGUGACUCACCGGGCGCCGCAAACGCGGAUCCGAGCGACGUCGGGCGCGUGGGCGCGCCGACGCUCCACUUCCGACUCACCGGCGGCCGCGCGGACGCGGCGUUCGUCACGUGGCGAGGCGUCAAUCGGCUCGCGAUGUUCCAGCUCACCGGCGCGACGAACGCGCCCUCGCGGCUGGCGGUGGUUCCGACGCUGCGGGGGGAGAGCCGGGGGGCGGAGGAGGAGGUGGCGGGGUCGGACUCGGGGUUGGACGGACCGCCCGUCGCGACAGCCCCGGCGGGGGACUGGACCCUCCCGUUUCCCAUCUCCGCCUCCGCCUCGGGCGACGGCGGCGCCCUCCUCGCGCUCGCCAUGAUCGACGGCUCCGUGGUUCUCUUCAACGCCAGGCUGGGCGCGGUGGCCAAAACGUUUCGGCGAAUCGGAAAUUACGGUCCGGGCCUCGACGGCUACGACCCGACCGCGCCGCCAGCUGUGCACGUCGACGACAGCUGUGUCUCGGAACGGACGGCGAACACGCCGUUGGCGAUCGCCGCGCUCUCCUUCUGGACGGGGGACACGAGCGACGAACGACGCCGCUCGCUCGUCGCCGCCACCGAAGCCGGCUGGUUGGCCGUCUUUGACCUCGACGCGGCGAGCUCGAGGGCGGACGUGAACCCCUCGCCGGUCACGAUCCGGCCCAGGGGCGACGCGAGGGUGCCCACGGCGGGGCUGACGUGUCAAACGGCCGGGUCGCUGGCGUUCGCGUGCGGCGUGGAGCCUUUCGCGUCGAAGGAGGGGAGUUUAGGAGAGGAUGGCGACGACGACGAAAACGAAAACGAAAACGAAAACGAACGGGAAGACGGGGAGAACCGCGAGGACGACGCCUCCGCCGAGAAGCGCUCGCCCGAGACGGAGGAGGCCUCUGCUCGGGACGACGGGGACGUGGGAAAGGCCGCCGCCACUCGCUGGUUCUUCCGCCUCGUGGACGUCACCGGCGGCGAAGGGUCCGACCUCCCCGCAGCGCUCGAUCCCCCCGAGGGUCACGCGUUUGCGGUGAGCCCCGCGGGAAUCGUCGUGCACGCCUUCGCGGGGGGGAACCUGGCGGUGGUGGGAUCGAACGAACUCCCAAGGCCGGCGAAGGGUCCGACGCCCGACCCGGGCGCCGCGGAGGAGGAGGGAGGAGACGCAGGUGGGACGGACGCGGCGGAGGGGGGUGGCGCCGCGGAGGAGGGCGGUGACUCACCGGAGAACUCGCGUGGGGUCGCCACUCGCCUGUGCCUGUACGCGCUGCCAACGCGAGGGGAACGAAAGCCUCCAUCCGGCGUCCCUCCGCGUCGCGUCAGCGAGGUUGAGCGCGCGUCUCUCACUCCGAAAGGGGCGAACCUGGCGGCGGCUCGGGCGCUCCAUCCGCCAGAUGUCGUCGGCGUCGUCCUCGCCAGGCUUCGCGCCAGUCGCGGCGGCGCCGAGGAGCGGUCGAAGAGGAUGCGGUGGCGGCACGACGAGAUCCUCGGGAAGCUCAGUCGCGACGCGAAGGUGGCGGCGAUGAGCGCCGUGGUCGAUAAGAGGUUCGCGCUCGGGCCCGCGCGGUGA